UAGUUUACUGGCAGAUAGUGAACUUUUUUAUUUUUCCUGUACAAGCACGAUCAACAACACACAGUCAUAAAAAUAGCUCUUCUCUAAGUAAAUCUCGUUGAGUGUGCGAUAGAAAAGACGGUCUAUAGCGAAAUAUGUACUAGCAAUGUGAAAUUUCGAAAAAAAUGGCUUAAAUGGAAAAAAAACAGGCGUUUUUUUUAAUAGAUCUUAUAGUUCUUGCUUCUAUAUAGAAUUUGUCAAACUCAAACUCCUCUGCGUUAAAAUAAUAAAUAAAUGUACUAUGUAUUUGUAUUUUGAAAAACACAUUGUGAGAUGUCCGUUGCUUGACACUAGUCUUGCUGGUUUUGUUUUACAGGGAGAUCGUGGUAAGUUUAUUUGCUCACACAGAAGCAAAUGUCAACAGCAUUAAAGAGUUUUCGGCUACAACUUCAUCUCUGUAUUUGUAUAUGUUUCUCCUGCCACUUAACAUACUGGUUAACUUACAGUCGAGUAGGCACUACUUUGAUUUAAUAUUCUGUUCCAUGUCUGGUAGUUAACCGUAUUUUAUCAAUAGCGAUUAAUAAUGUUUUGAAAGUAUUAAGGUGGUAUCGUGGCCAUGACUGUUGUUCAUUCUCCUCUAUUUCUGGUAAGACAUAUAAGAAAAAGUAAGUGUGAAAAUUAUGUCUAUAAGCCGUUUGACACUUUGCAAGCACAGAUGAAAGCAUGCACAUUAUAAAAGAAACUUUAAUUAAUGAAGUUAUAAUGUGCCGUUCUUUCAGAUGUGCGAUAACCCUUGUAUAGCUUAAAAUGCAGGCUAGGAUCACUGUGGUGUGUGUGGCAUUCGUUGGGUCCGUAUUGGCGUUCAAGGAUGGAGCCCCUGGAAGCGUUUGCUUGAGUGGCGUCCCGAAGCACAAGGUUGACCCUCAGCCUCUUUCCACAAACCCUUAUAAAGUGGAUGUUCAAAAAGAGGGUGCCAAUUAUGCAGUUACCAUCUCCGGCGCAGAAUUCAAGGGUUUUCUAAUAACGGCCCGCAAAGUCGGUGACGAUUCGAUUGUACCGGGCACUUUCUCCUCAAGUGCACCUAAUGUAAAAACUGUCGACUGCAAGGAUGUUGGAGCAGCAUCGGGAGUGACACACUCGGACAAUAGCGUCAAGGAUUCCGUAAAGGUCACCUUCACGCCUGCAGCUGGCUCUGAUGAUCUGCUAUAUUUUAGCGCUACGGUGGCAAAAACCGUCCACGAAUUCUGGGUCGGUAUUAAAAGUCCCAUCCUUUAAUUGCCGACAUAAUCACUCUACCUAAGGAAAACACGUGAUUGCACGUCCUUCACAAAAUUUAAGGUGAUAUCUAGUAGAACCCUACAGGGAUUGCUAUAUUACAUGCAGAAUAAUUGCAUUCCAUUACAUAAAAGCACGUCACAAUAAUCGAAAAAAAGAUUUCUGGACAUGCAACAUAGAUCUAAAACUAGGACACUUUUGUUAGAGAGCUGAAAAAAAAUGGUUACUAAUUGACCAAAUGCGAACGCUUUGCAUAUCACCCGUUUAUGCUAGAUGCAUAAAAGCAAAAAUAAUUGGCGUCAAUUUUUAGGAUUAUAUAAUUACGUUUAGCACUUUGCUAGCCAAACCCAAGUGGUUUUAGAUCGCGAAAUGUUGUUUUCAACGGAGAAGUGUACACAAGUGUUGUGUAUUCUGGCUCUGGAUGGAACCAGUAGAAGCCAUACGGGCUUGAGUUAUAACGGCAUUUGACGGAGUGAUACGAAGGAGUUUGCUGGACAAUCUAAUAAGGCCAAACGAUCUAAGAGCUGACUCUACACGAUUCUACACUAAUAAGAAAUACCAUUCUGGAAUAAAUGUUCACUAACGUAAAAUGCGAGA